AUGCGAAUUUUGUGGCAAAGAGACUGGCCACGUCCUCUCCUCAUAUUCAUAUUAUUUCGGUUAUCUUUGUGCCAACUUCGACAUAUCUCACCUUUUGAACUAACAGUUAACUCUGGGGCAAUUCGAGGGGAACGAGUGAUUAUUAAAGGAGAAGAUUAUACUGUGUUCAAAGGUAUUCCUUAUGCAAUGCCUCCUGUAGGAUAUCUUCGUUUUCAGAUGCCAAAAGAGCCAGCUAAGUGGAGAGGGGUAAUGAACGCUACACAGUUCAGUGCACUAUGUGUACAACGUAUGGAUUCACUUGCCACCGAUCCAGAGAGACAUACAGCUCAUUUUUCUGAAGAUUGCCUAUAUUUGAACGUAUUCUCACCAACUCCUGUGAGAAUUUUCAAUAUAAAGUCAUUUUUUUUGGUUCCCAUGAUUUAAGU